AUGACUGCUGAUUACGUUGUCUUGAACAGAACUGGUGACAAGAUGCCUCUUCGUGGCUUUGGUUGCUGGAAGAUUCCCAAAGAUGUCUGCGAGGAAACUGUCUACAAUGCUAUCAAGGUCGGUUACCGUCACUUUGAUGGUGCCUGCGACUAUGGUAACGAAGUCGAAGUCGGACGCGGCAUUAAGAGAGCUAUUGAUGAAGGUUUAGUAAAAAGAGAAGAUUUGUUCAUCGUAACAAAGUUAUGGAACACCUUUCACAACAAGAAGCAUGUACGACCUUUGUGUGAAAGACAACUAAAGGACUGGGGCUUAGAUUACUUUGACCUUUAUCAUGUUCACUUCCCUAUCCCUAUAGCCUAUGUCGAUCCUUCCGAGAAAUAUCCUCCUGAAUGGUUCAAGAAGGGCAAGGAUACUAUCGAACUUGAAGCUUCACCUAUGCAUGAAUGUUGGGCUGAAAUGGAAAAACUCGUUCAAGAUGGUUUGGUACGCAACAUUGGUGUCUGUAACUUCAAUUGUCAAGCUUUGAUUGAUUUGCUUGCUUAUGCCAAGAUCAAGCCUGCCGUUUUACAAAUUGAAUUGCAUCCUUACUUGCCUCAAGAAAAUCUCUGCAAGUGGGUUAAGGCUCAAGGUAUUCACAUCACUGCCUACUCAUCCUUUGGUCCUGCCUCUUAUGUUACCUUGGGUGAACACGGCAAGCAAGCUCCUUCUUUACUUGAUCACGACAUUGUCAACUCAGUCGCCAACAAGCACAAGGUCUCUGCCGGUCAAGUCUUGUUGCGUUGGGCCUUGGACCGUGAAUUUGUAGUGAUACCCAAGAGCCAGAACGAGCAAAGAAUGAAGGAUAACUUUAACAUUUUGGACAUCAAGUUGGAUAAUGAAGACAACAAGGCUUUGGAUUCGCUCAAGUCUUUCAACUUGAGAUUCAACGACCCCAAGGUUUGGUUUGACUUGCCUCUUUUCGCUUAG